CCCGGACCCUGCAUUCACUAUAUCCGGUCUCCACGGACCCUGCAUCCACUCUAUCUGGUCUCCCCGGACCCUGCAUCCACUCUAUCUGGUCUCCCCGGACCCUGCAUCCACUCUAUCUGGUCUCCCCGGACCCUGCAUCCACUCUAUCUGGUCUCCCCGGACCCUGCAUCCACUCUAUCUGGUCUCCCCGGACCCUGCAUCCACUCUAUCUGGUCUCCCCGGACCCUGCACUCACUAUAUCCGCUCUCCCUGGACCCUGCAUUCACUUCACUAUAUCCAGUCUCCCCGGACCCUGCAUUCACUAUAUCUGGUCUCCACGGACCCUGUAUCCACUCUAUCUGGUCUCCCCGGACCCUGUAUCCACUCUAUCUGGUCUUCCCGAACCCUGCAUCCACUCUAUCUGAUCUCCCCGGACCCUGCAUCCAUUCUAUCUGGUCUCCCCGAACCCUGCAUCCACUCUAUCUGGUCUCCCCGGACCCUGCAUCCACUCUAUCUGCUCUCCCACAGUAC